CUUUUAUCUUACCGACAGCGAUUGUCGAGCGCGAAGCGAGACCGUUCCAGACCGUACAACCAGAUACAAGUUCUAACUCGAACGCCCAUCAUCUCAAUCCACCCUCAUCAUGUCCGACCUCGCAUAUCUUUCUUCUGCUCGUUACGGCAAAGACGCUGUCCGUGUUUUCCGUGUCGUUCGUGAAGGAUCGACGCACACAGUAGUUGAAUACAACGUGAAAGUCUUAUUGGAAGGGGACAUUGAAGUCAGUUAUACCAAGGCAGAUAACAAGGUCAUCGUAGCUACAGAUAGCAUCAAGAAUAUCACUUAUUAUCUAGCCAAGGUGUCCCCCCAUAUCCUAGUUCCCGAGCGGUUUGCGGUGCAUCUAGGAACCCAUAUCGUCAGCAAAUAUGCCCAUAUACAUAAAGCCUUUGUCGACAUCGAGCAACUGCGAUGGAGUCGGAUCGUUGUUGGGAAGGACCGCAAGCCUCAUCCUCAUUCAUUCUUUAGAGACGGAGAUGAGAAGAGGUCGGUGAAAGUUGAGAUCGAUGGUACUGCCGGAAAGGAUAAGAUUCAAGCUCGUGUCAGCGCUGGAGUGAAUGAUUUACUGGUACUCAAGUCUUCCGGAUCUUCUUUCACAUCAUUCAUUCGGGAUGAGUAUACGCUGUUGAAGGAGGUUGAUGACCGUAUCUUUUCCACAUCGGUUGAUUUGAAUUACACCUUCGCCCCCAUCAGUAUCUCCCCUCCUAAAGACGAGAAAAAACUCGAUAUCGUUAUCCCGGCGUUAGACCAAGCCGAGGCAGGAAGCGUCUGGGAUGCCACUGUUCUGGAUAGGGCAAGGACCAUAACCCUCGAGGUCUUUGCUGAAGACGAGAGUGCCAGUGUACAGGCGACUUUGUAUAAAAUGGGCCAGCGAAUCAUCACAGAGAACGCCGGUGUUCAGACUGUUAGCUAUGCUCUUCCGAACAAACACUAUAUUCCAGUGGAUAUGAGAUACAUGGGGGUGGAUAAUUUGACUCCAGUUAAAGCGGAAGUGUUUCAACCGGUUGCAGCGCCGAGUGGGUUAAUCUCAGCAACUGUAUCGCGAAAGUAAAUGCUC